AUGAAUAACAAUCAUAGUCUUAGAUGUAUUAGCAUUAUGGUUAUUUUAUUAUUCGUUAUUAUUAUUCUAUGUCAAUGUAAAAAAUUAAAAUUACCUAAAGAAGUACGUGAAGUAUUUCAAUUACAUAAAUAUUAUCGUAAUUCAAUACGUUUUUGUCAAAUGCCAAAUCAACCUCCAGCAAAACGUAUGUCAAAAUUAAAAUGGAAUACAUAUUUAGCAGAAAAAGCUCAACUUUCAGCUAGUCGAUGUGAUUACUCUUAUGAUAGUCCAAGUGAUAUGAAUUUUGAUGAAUUUGGUACAGUAGCACAAAAUAUUGCUGAUAGUCCAACAAUUGAAAAAGCAGUAGCCAGUUGGUUUGUUGAAUACAAGAGCUAUUCUUUUAAUGAUAACAAAUGCAAUGAUACAUGUAUGCAGUAUAAACAGAUAGUAAAAGGUGAAGAGACUGAGAUUGGUUGUGGUGUACAAAAAUGUGGCCAAAGAUUUUUAGUAGUGUGCAAUUAUUCACCAGCAGCUGAAGAAGAUAGACAACCGUAUGAAAAAGGCACUCAAGAGGAUUGCGAUGAUGUUGAUGAUGCAGAAUAUUAAGUUUGAUUUAGCUUAAUAAGAACUAUGAAUAAAUGACAGAAGUACUUGUAUGAAUAUGCAGCAAUACAGAUUUUAAAAAAAUAAACAAUUUGAUAAGUUGUUAUGUAACUUCUUAUUUCUAUUCACAUUUACAGUACUAAGUUGUCAAAAAAGAACAACUCGUAAGUGACAGUAUUCUCGUGUGGGACCGAUCAAUCCAGUGUUCGAAUCCCACGUACGAGAUCGUGGAGGUGCACUGCUGAAGAGUCCCAUGCUAGGAUGAAACGACCGUCCAGUACUUUCAGGUUUUCAUUGGUGAUCUAGCUUCAAUUGACUCAUGAAUUCAACUAGUAAAUUAUUAUAAUAUCCACAAAAUACCUAUCUGACUUUCGGUUUUCAUAUUGGCGUCUUAAGGUUCUACCAGUAAGACUGACCUUGAAUUUUAGGCUGUGAUUAUCUUCGACUCUAUUGGUCUAGAACGCAUUCUCUUUUUUUAGUUCACUCUUUAGUCUGAUAACAACGCAGAGCAAGCAGUAGUUCAGUAAUAUAACCGAAAUCAAUCAACUAAUAUAAUAAUAUGAAAUAAAUUAACAGAUCACACGUCAAUUUAUUCCCCGUGAACGAGGGAUUCCUAGUAAGUGCAAGUCGUAAGCUUGUGCUGAUUAUGUCCCUGCCCUUUGAACACACCGCCAGUUGCUACUACCGAUUGAAUGGUUUAGUGAGGUCGUUGGAUUGGUGUCGUUGUAGUGGCUUUGCCACUCGACUGAUGCUGUGAACAUGACCUAAUUUGACUAUUUAGAAGAAGUAAAAGGGUUCGGAUUAUUCCGUUGUUAGUAUGCUUGACUGAGAUUUGAUCAGUUUUGGUUUUUGUAUUUGUAUCCUGUGCCGAUUGUCUCAAUAUAGAUAUUAUGAAACAAGUUAAUAUAGAAUAAAUGGAAUGUGGCUAGCAAUGAAAUCCAGGAUUUGAUUUCAAAACCCUUGAACAAGUAAGUGGAGAUCUCGACUCAAAGCCUAAGUGGAUAACACAAUGGAAUCUGGAGCAAGUGGUACCUGGUUCGAGUCCUCGAGUGAG